CAAAUUCACUGCAGACUUUUGCUUUGAUCAUGAGUGAACUAAGAACCAAUGAGUUUUACUUGAAGAAACUAUAUCGCUCCGCUCAAUUUAAUGAUGUUGACAAGGUAAGAAACUGCACUAUACUAUACUAUAGAGCUCCAAGCCUGUCAAGGAGCACGUAACGAACGAGCUGAAGAUUACGAAACCUACAUGCCUACCAUAUAAUGCAUGCUUAAAAACCACACACGGAGAAAUAUGCAUGUUUGUAAAGUUUUAUUAAAAUGCUAAAUAUACUAGCGUUGCUGUCUAAAUAUAUUUCUCCGGACAUGAGAUGAUGUAGUCAACACACGAUUUUCAAAUAUAUUUUAAUAAUUGAAUUUCUGUAUUUUAGAGUCAGUUCGAUUCAAUAUUCUGUUUUUAUAUUUAGUAUAUAUUUAACUUUUGACCGAGCUAUUCUGUAUAGACAGAAUGCAAUAAACUUACUAUUCAUUUGAAGAAUGGUGUGGUAACUCGUGCUGAUUAUGACCUCAUGAUCAAGAGAUACAACGAGCUUGGUAUGCCAGAUGAAAACAAACAAGAAUUAUCUGACGCCAUGUACGGGAUUUGUGAUUCCUUGGGUCUUACAGACUACACGAAGUCCUUGACUUACGACGAGAUAGUGCAGUCUUGGAUUGAUAACGUGGAGAAGGGAGGUGGCUUUGCGACAGUUGCCUACGAUAAGGCAUUUCGAAUUAUUGAUACAGACAGAAAUGGAAGUAUAUCUUUGAAAGAGUGGGAAAUUCAUUGCAUGGCUAUAAAAAUCCCUGUGGAGCACGCUAAAGUAUCGUUUAACGCGAUGGACACUGAUGGAGAUGGAGUGAUCUCUCAUGAUGAAUUUGUAGCUUAUCACUAUGAAUAUUUUCAUACAAGUGAAGAUAAACUACAUAGUUCUAUUUUGUAUGGGCCAUUACAGUAAAAUAAGGCACUGGACCGCCAAGAAUUUUAACAAUACUAAUUCUAUAAUAUAAUAGUUAACCUGCACCGUAUCGUAGCAUGAAAACAAACUAGUAUUCUUGGGUAUAUCGGUAUGUAAUUGUGUUUUGGUAAAAAUCAGAAAUCUGAUUGGUUGAACGAAUAUCUAGCACUGAAUAGCUAAGUUGUAUUGUCACUACAUUUUCAACAAUUAAAAAAUCCAAAGGAAUAAGAA